AAAGAAACUUAAAAAAAAUUCUGUGAUCUCUGAGCUUUUGUGUGUUUCACUAACAAUAAUAAUAACAAGUUAAUAUUUUGUCAUAACCGUUUUGUACAAAAACAGAAUUAAGUAUAAAAUAGUUUCGUAAUAAUAAUGUCCUUCGAUGCAACCGCGCUACCUACUGAACUUCUCGUUGCACCGCAACCACUCAUUGGUUUCUGUGGUUUGGAUGUAACACGAAAUAGUGUACAUAAAUCAAUUUGGGAUGCAUUCAGCACUAAUCGUAAAGCCGAUAGAGCUUCGGUGCAGUUCAAAGUGUUACCUGCUAACUAUGAUUUUCCAGUGGCAAAGCCGAAACGUGCUUCCUAUGAAUGGUAUCAUCCGAAAGGCAUACUCAAACGUAAUUGGAUGUUAAAACAUUUACACGUGCUGCCUUCAGUUGUGGUACUCUUUCAAGACAUAGAAUGGAAUGAUGCACAAUGGACAGAGAAGCAAGUACAAUGUGCCGCCACUAUACAGGGACUUAAAAAUUCAUUACAAGAACGUAAUACUCGACUUUGUUUGGUGCUAUUACAAAAGGCUGCGCCUCUACCUCCUGGUGAAGAUCUCUUAGCAUCCGAACGUGCUGCAAGCCUGACAACUGCAUGUGGCAUCAACAGUAAAAUGUUGUUUAUACUGCCGCAUACAGAACAUUUAUUAGGCUACACACUAAGACUUGAGUCUGCUUUCGUAGAUAUGGCUCAAGCAUACUAUACACUAAUGUCCAAACGUAUACGAACUCAUAGGGAUCAACUGACAGCAGCGCACGUGACGCUAAAAAUUCGUCAUCAAUUCAAGCUAGGAUUUGUGGCAGAAAUGCGACAGGAUUUCAGCACUGCACUUAAGCAUUAUACUCAAUCAUAUGCGGGUCUAGAUGAAAUUCGAAUUACUGAUACAAAUUGUCUUGAAAUAAAAACGGUAGCUGGUUUCCUUAAUUAUAAAAUAUGUAGGCUGAUGUUUAAACUUAAAGUACCAAGAGAUGCAAUAAAUCAUUUUAUAAGUCAUAUAGAUAAAUAUAAAAAUCGUGUGGGUUUUAAGGAUUUAUUAUUCGAGCACUAUGCGUGGCUCAGUACACAGCAUAGUGUAUUUGCUGAUCUUUUUUGUGAAGCUGUAAAGAAUGGUUUACCAGCUUUACAAACACAGCAUCCUGGCAUAUACUUUCAAAAAGCAGCUGAAUAUAUAAUUAAGCGAAAGGAAGCCUUUUUUCAAAGUAGCGCAAUUCUACUUAGUCCUACGGAGCCAAUGAGUCCUACAACAUUACAAAACAAUAAUACAAUGAAUUUAUAUACAGAAUUUUUUGGAAUUCGCGCUGUCAAAACUGGCGAACCCGCUUCUGAACAACAAACUAUUAUGUUAAUACGUGAAAAUGAAAAAUUAUUUAAUCAUUCGAAUGCCAUUAUUAAUUUACUUGGUCAGGCAAUGGGACAAUUUAAAAUUUAUAAAUGUUUAAGGUUUCGUAAAAAACUUGCUAUUGAUAUGGCGGAGGAAUAUUUUAAAAGUGGUGAUCAUGCCAAAGCCUUGACACUCUACUCAUUAAUGUUACCUGAUUAUCGCUCAGAUAAAUGGUCAUCUAUAUUUUCGGAUGUUUUAAUAAAAACUCUUCGCUGUGCGUUAAUAACAGCAUCAAUUGCUGAUUAUGUAUUAUGUAGCAUUGAGGCUUUAUCUCUGAAGAUUCGUUCCGAACAAAAAGAACGAAUUGCGGUAUUAGAAAAUCUUUGGAAAGUUUUUCAGAGUGUGCCGCCAAUGCCUCAAUCACAAAUAGCACCAGAAGUAAGAGAUUUGUGGGAAAAUACAUUUACAACUAUCAAAUCACCAAUACCUAUCGAUUUGGAUAAACUAACCGAAAUAUUUGAAAUGUGUACGACAUUUGAUGGUGCAGAAUUAAAAACCAAUGAAGAAGUCCGGGUACAUCUGAUAGUCAGACUACUCACAGAUGUACCAAUCAAAAUUCGAAGGUUUUCUGUACUACUCUCUGAUGGCACAAACAAUUUUAAAUUGCAAACAUCACAAUAUAGUACGUUUUCUCAACUUUCGGAUAUGCGUGAAUAUUUUAUAAAUAAAUCUACAACAAGUCCAAAAGUUUUACAAUUCGAAAACGAUCUAAAACUACAACCAAAUAUGUACUAUCAUUUUUUGUACACAACAGAAGCUCAACAAUUCUUAGAAAAUACGCAGUUACGUGUAACUCGUAUAGAAACUGAAAUGGGUACAGAUAAAAUAUUCGCUUUAUUGACCAAAAAUGCUGCAUUCACGAUCAAUGCAUUUCGAUAUCAUCGACGGACCAAAGACCUCGAUGACAAUAUUGUCAUUAAUCCAAUAUGUUAUAUUGCUCCUACAUUCCAUUUAGUCACGCAAACUAACCUUGACAAUAAAACGAUGUUAGUCAAUGAGUAUCAUUCCGUGAUCACAACUGUAAGCAAUCCGUUCAAUGUAUUUUUACAAAAUGUGGGUUUUAAUAUAAGUGUACCGAGUCAUUUACGAAAUAAAGAUUUGUCUCAAAUCUAUAAUAAUUUCAUUUUGCAAUAA